GAGGAUGAGUCUACAGUGGACGGCGGUCGCCACCUUCCUGUACGCAGAGGUCUUCUUUGUUCUGCUGCUCUGCAUCCCCUUCAUCUCACCUAAGAGGUGGAAUAAAAUCUUCAAGUCUCGUCUGGUGCAGACCAUCGCUCUCUAUGGAAACACUUACUUCAUGGUGGCCAUGGCCAUCCUCGUCUUCCUGCUCAUCGACGCGUUUCGUGAGGUGAGGAAGUACAGUGUGACGGAGAAGGUGGAUCUGACCAACAACCCAACAGCCAUCGAACACAUUCACAUGAAGCUGUUCAGAGCUCAGAGGAACGAAUACAUCGCCGGCUUCGCUCUGCUGCUCUGCCUGCUGCUGCGUCGCCUCGCUACGCUGCUCUCCCAGCAGGCAACGCUCAUGGCGUCCAACGAGGCCUUCAAGAAGCAGGCGGAGGGAGCCAGCAACGCCGCCAAGAAAUACAUGGAGGAGAACGAGCUGCUGCAGGAGAAACUGCGUGACGCCGGCAUCGAUGUGCCCGAGGCCGGAAAGAAAGGACCUGGAGUUCAGGAGGAGAACAAGACUCUGAAAGAGGAGGUGAAGACUCUGAAGGAGGAGCUGGAGACCGCCAAGAAAGCUCUGCAGAAGUCAGACAGUGACGUUCGUGCGAUGAAGAAACAGGCUGAAAACCUGACGGUGGAGUACGACAGACUGCUGGAGGAACACAGCAAGCUGCUGGCGAGCAGCGACAAGAAAUCCGACUGAGACGAAGAAGUCAACGGUGUUUUUUCCAGCUUCUCUCAUCUUCAUCAUCAUCAUCAUCAUCUUCACCGUCCUGCACAGAGAUGCUGCGAUUGAUGUCACUUCCUGUCGGGUCAGCUGACAUCGCCGGGCUGUGAUUGGUCAAUAACGGGAACUGAAUGUCAGCUGUUUCGCCUUCUGUUUACAUCUGGAACCCAAACGUUGUUUUUUUUUUUUUUUUUUCCACAUUUAAUUGUUUUUUUUAUGUUUGUUUUUUUUCAGUUUGUUGUUUUUGAGUCGUCUAAAAACUGCAGAAUCACACUUCCCAAAUAUUUUCUCUACUAAAUUAGAUCUGAUGGCACAUUCCCAGACUCACAACCUGAAUCAUGUUUUCUGCAGAAAAGGACGAGUUUCAUUCCAAAGUCAUAAAAACUCUUGAAAUUAAAGUUAUUUUUUUGCACCUUUUGUAUUAAACCAACACUUCAGCCUUUCUUCAGCUUGUAAAUUGAUCCUAAAAACACCUAAAAUGAUUCAUUAAAGUGACGAUUCUGCAGCUUCACUCUGAUUCUGUUUGUUUUUGAUCAUUUUAUUGAUUUAAAAAAAAGCAACCAGAGAGAAAAAUAACAGAUUCUUCUUCUUCCUGGUUUGGUGUUAUUGUUUUUUGAUGGAUGUUUUUAGAGGCUUU